GUCACAUGAUGUCCAAAGGUUACAAAAUACAUCAUGGCGGCUAUGUGGAAGAUCGGAGCCGGUGUCUGGAAUUCGCAAGCCAAUUUGAAUGGUUUGCGAUGUAUCAGUACCUCAGUUGCUCAGUAUGCUCCAGCCAACUCCAAAAAGAAGACCGUAGGUGGAAACCAAGGCAGGAACAUAGUCCUUGUGGAAGGUGUGAGGACUCCAUUUCUCAUGUCCAUGACAUCCUAUCAGAACCUGAUGCCACAUGAUUUGGCUAGAGCGGCUUUAUCUGGGCUUAUCAGGAAGACAAACAUGGACAAAAGUAUUGUUGAUUACAUUUUGUACGGAACUGUCAUUCAGGAAGUGAAGACCAGCAAUGUUGCAAGAGAAGCCGCCCUUGGAGCUGGAUUCCCCGAUACAAUCCCUGCCCACACAGUCACACAAGCGUGCAUCUCCUCAAACCAAGCCAUCACUACUGGUAUGGGGUUGAUUGCAUCAGGAUCAUGUGAUGCUGUAGUAGCUGGCGGAGUGGAGUUUAUGUCAGAUGUGCCAAUUAGACACAGUCGUAAAAUGAGGAAAUUGAUGUUACAACUGAACAAGUCUAAGAAUAAGGCUGGCAUCAUUAUGAAAAUGUUGUCACCAUCUGCUCUCACACCUGAGUUACCCGCUGUUGCUGAGUUUUCUACCAAUGAGACGAUGGGUCACUCUGCAGACCGAUUAUGUGCAGCUUUUCAAAUAAGCCGACGAGAACAAGAUGAGUUUGCUCUGAGAUCCCAUACAAUGGCACAUGAGGCAUCAGAGAAGGGACUUCUUUCUGACGUCCUCAGCUACAAAGUACCAGGCGUGGCAGAACCAGUCACCAAAGACAAUGGCAUCAGGCCAUCAUCUAUGGAGAAGCUUUCAAGUCUGAAACCAGCUUUCAUCAAGCCACAUGGCACUAUCACUGCAGCAAAUGCAUCAUUUCUGACUGACGGAGCAUCAGCAUGUCUAAUUAUGGAAGAAGGAAAAGCCUUGGCCCUUGGCUUUAAACCCAAAGCCUAUUUGAGGGACUACUUGUAUGUUUCUCAGGAUCCCAAGGACCAGUUACUGCUCGGACCAGCAUAUGCAACACCUAAAAUUCUUGAGAAGGCUGGACUCUCAAUGUCAGACAUCAGCGUUUUUGAAUACCAUGAAGCUUUUGCUGGCCAGAUCCUGGCAAACUUGAAAGCCUUAGACUCGGAUUGGUUUGCAAAGAAUCAUAUGGGAAGAAGUGGAAAGUUUGGGGCCAUCCCCAUGGAUAAGUUUAACCUUUGGGGCGGCUCACUGUCACUUGGACAUCCAUUUGGCGCCACAGGAGUCCGAUUGGUAACGACUGCAGCUCAUCGCCUUGCCAAGGAAGAUGGACAAUUUGGACUUGUGGCAGCAUGUGCAGCUGGAGGCAUUGGCCAUGCUAUGCUUGUGGAGAGAUACCCGUCAACGUGAUGGGAAUCAAGUCAGAUCUGUCCGAGUAAAUGAAAUCAUCUGGAGUGAUUUUCCUUUCAACAUCAUACAAGACAUGCACAGAAUGAAGUGUCAGAAAGGAUUAUUGAAGCCGUUUGAAGUGCUCAUAACUCUAUUGAAUUGAAGAAAUAAAUUAAAUUAAUAUGGUGCAUUGGAUGUACCAAUGGAAUUGACUUGUUGUGAUGGUGUGGAGGAUUGGAGGCUGCGAACAAAAUCAGUCAUGAAUAGGGACAAUAAUUGCUACGCUUUGUUUCACUCGGUAAUAUGAUUACAUAUGUGGAACUCGUGUUUAAAUCUCAUUUUUCAUUUGAACUGUGAUACAUCACAUUUGUAUAUAAUUAUUUAUAUUAAAAUUGUGAAUAUGAGCAAA